AUGUCACCGCCGUGUCCAAGUACUGCGCUUCCGACGAUCACAAAAGACCUCAACGGAGGUGACGAGUUCGUCUGGGUCGGCCACGCUGCCUACAAUCUUGCUGCGGCCGCUAUCCUCCCCUUCACCGCCCGGCUCGCGGACAUCAUCGGCUGGCGUCUAAUCAUGCUCGCCUGCGUCGGCUUUUUCUUUCUUCGCAGUCUCCUCUGCGCCACCGCUCAAAACAUGCACUGGCUCAUCGCCGCACGGACGGUGCAGGGUAUUGCCGGGGAAGGGAUCAUCACCUCGGACCUGGUCCCUUUGGCCGGGCACGGUCUCUACCAGGGUCUGCUCGUCCUCACCUGGGCAUUUGUGGCUGGCAUCGGGCCCGUCACCGGUGGUUCCUUUGCCCAGAAGGCUACAUGGUGGCUUUUCUAUCUGAACCUCCCCCUGGCCGGUAUCGCGUUCUUGCUUGCCAUGAUAUUCCUCCGCGUCCGAACUCCAGAGGGUAGUUUGCGCAAGAAAAUAUCGCGCAUUGACUUUGUGGGCAACCCCACCUUCAUCGCCUGCACGACGCUCGCGUCGGUCGCGCUCGCAUGGGGAGGAAUUUGCUAUCCUUGGAGCUCUGCGCACGUCCUCGCGCCACUCAUCCUCGGCUUUCUCCUUAUCUUCGUUUACGAGAUCAUUGCUCUCAUCUGCCCACAAGGACGUCUCGCCUAUCCGGUCUUCCCCACCGCGUCCGUUCUCUCGUCUUCCGCGAUCGUCUUCGGGGUGCUCGCCAGGGUCAUGAAAAAGUACCGGCCCGCGAACGUCAUCGGCCGGGUCCUCCUCAUCGGCUUCGGUCUGCUCACGCCCCUCAAAGCGGACUCGUGCACCAGCGAGGUCGGCUUCCAGGUCAUCACGGCCAUCGCCGACGCGACCCGCAGUGGGCGACGGCCGUCUACCCCAUCCUCGCUCCCCUGGGGCCCGUCGCGCGCUCCCUCUCCACGCUCGCCUUCCACACCUUUGCGCGCACAUUCGCGCCGACCCAUCUCCGCCUCCGUGUUCCAAAGGGAGCUCAAGGCGACCCUGGCCGCCUACUUCCCCCGCACGUUCCCCGCCGGGGUCGAGAUCGCGUCCGCCGCGGUUCCCUUGAUCCACGCGCUCCCCCAGCGGCUCGGCGACGAGGGCCAGGGGGUGAAGUGGACGAAGGGGAGCUUUGGGGGCGCCGCGCGGGCGUAUGCGUAUCGCCCUGGGCCUGGGCGGGUGCGGUCGGGGAACGAGUAUGAGUACGGGCGCGGGCGCGGGAAGGAGGAUGAUGAUCUGGAGCUGGGUCUGGGUAUGGGCGCGGGCGCACGGAUGCGGGGGACGGAUGCGCAGGUGAUGGUGUUGGUGCUGAAUCGGCCGUCUCUGCCUUAG